GCAACAGACUACAGUAAACUUACAUAGAAAAUAAAUGUGCCGAGACUUGGCCUUGCUUAGUAGGUUGGAGGUUACAAUAAACUUGGAGAUCCUGGAAAGCGAUGAGGGGAACUCGAGCCGAACAAAUUCGACUGUUGAUAUGACGAAGGCGGAUUGGUACAGUAAUCAGCAGAGUACUCAAACGACCAUGGCUACCCUCCAUCGAGUUAAACAGCGAGUGAACUACUGGACGUUUGCUUCGUGUAACCAAACGUGGGUUAGAAUUCCAACGAGAAUAUUACGUGGGUUCUCGACACCAGCUCCAGGCAAAUUCUUCAUCUCAUUGCUUCAAACAACUAAACCUGUAGUUAACAAGAUCUGAGGACCAUGGAGCCUCCAACUAUAUCAUUAAGGAUGAGUCCUUGAAGCUGAACUUCUGAUGCAGUAACGAGCUCAUUUUCGAAACUUCUUGACAAGAGCAUCAAUCGUAAAUUUGGUAUUUUUGUAUAAUAAUAUUACAUAGUGAAUAAAUCAUGAAUAAUAUUUA